GCUGUUCGCCGUCAUUCAUCAGUUUUCUCUUGCUUUGAAUGGAUCGUGCUUCUUGUGUGAUGUGCGGAAAAAUUGUGUUCAUAUCCGUGCCCAGCAGCAGUAGCAGCAGAUUAUCCAUCCAGCAGCGCUACCUUUUUUCUUUAGUUUUUUGUUGAGUUUCGGCCGAGUGUUUCAAUAAUUUUUCGUUUUUCGGACUUGCGAACGAACUGUUCCGAUGAAAACCCAGUGCAGAAUAUUACAAAAACCCUUUCCCAAAGUAGAAUUGAGUAUACAGGCCACAAAAGAAUAAGGCAGCUGCCGAAAUAGCGGACAAUUUCUUGCUGCAGUUGAGCGAGUGACGAGCGCGUGUGUGUGAGGGCUGAAAAUUUAUUCUGGGUGUGGAAUUUCCGUGCAAGGAAAAUUUUUACUUUAUUGGUUUAUUUAUUUUAAUAAUGAGUGAUUAUUCAAACCAGAACUCGCAAAAUUUUAGUCAAUCGUCAGCAUUUGCAGCCGCUUUACAGAGAGCAAAACAAAUUGCCGCUAAAAUACACCCGGGUGGUGGCCAACCGGUGAAGAGAUCGCUAGAGGACGACUCGGGACCAGAAUCAAAAAAGUUUGGAGCACAGUCUGACUUUAACAAUGCAAACUCGCCGACUGGCAUGAGCCCAGCUGCUAUGCAAGCCGCUGCUCAAGCUGCAGCCGUAGCCGCACGUUUAUCGCAAAUUAAUAACAACUCGAACUCAAACUCAGCCGCGGGAGCACAGGAUCCGGUCCAGAGAGCACGUGAACUUAUCAACAAGAUGGUAAACCAACAGGGAGGCCCUAAUAAUCCAAUGGACAAUGGAAAUCACGGAGGUGGUGGUGGUGGAGGAGGCGGCGGUGGAGGCCGCGGAGGCUUCGGCUCGUCCAAUUUUGGCAACCAGCCAUACCAGGAAAUCAUGAUUCCAGGCUCAAAAGUAGGGCUAAUCAUUGGCAAGGGAGGUGAAACUAUUAAGCAACUGCAGGAAAAGUCUGGUGCCAAAAUGGUCAUCAUUCAGGAUGGUCCAGGGCAGGAAAUGGAAAAGCCACUGCGAAUCUCUGGCGAUGCCCAGAAGGUGGAGCAUGCUAAGCAGUUGGUGUAUGACUUGAUCCAAGAAAAAGAUAAUUACAACAAUCAGAGAAACCAAAGUAUGAACGGAACGGAACAAGCAGAAGUAUUCGUUCCCAAGUCUGCUGUUGGGGUAGUGAUUGGUAAAGGAGGCGACAUGAUUAAAAAGAUUCAGGGUGAAUCCGGUUGUAAACUGCAGUUCAUUCAGGGCCGCGGAGAUGGACCCGGAGAUCGUCGUUGUAUUGUACAAGGCGCAAGAGCACAGGUUGAGGAGGGAAAACGGAUGAUUGAAGAGCUGAUCGAAAGUGUUCAGCGAAGAGAGCUUGGUGGUGGUGGUCGAGGUCCAGGCCGCGGCGGCGAACGAGAUGAGCGUGGCGAUCGAGGAGACCGACCGCAUCGUGGUCGCGAAGGACACGACAAUGGAAACGGCGGACAGUACGGCGGUGGGGGUGAUUAUAGCGGGCCACAGGUGACCCGUGAAGAAUACACUUUUACCGUUCCCGUCAAUAAGUGCGGUAUCAUAAUUGGCCGCGGUGGAGACACUAUAAAGCAAAUUAACCAGCAAUCAGGGGCUCACACCGAAAUGGACCGUAAGGCUUCCGCAAAUCAAACAACCGAAAAGACAUUCACCGUUAAAGGCGAACCUCACCAGAUUGAGGAAGCCAAACGGUUAAUUCAAGACAAAAUAAACAUGGAAAUUAACCUGGUGUACGUCGGAUCAUCCACGGCCCCUGCACAGCAAUACCAGAAUAAUGGUCAAAAUGCCUAUGGUGGUCAGAGCUGGGGUGGCUAUCAGCAGCCCUCGUGGGAUCAGCAACAGCAGGUGCAACCAAACGCAGCUUCGGCUGCAGUCGCUCAGCAGCAGCAGCAACAGCAACAAGCUGGGGGACAAGCUGAUUACUCACAGCAAUGGAUCGAGUAUUACAGACAAAUGGGAAUGCAUCGCGAGGCAGAGAUGAUCGAGCAGCAAGUGAAGGCACGGCAAGCUGCUGCCCAGCAGGGUGCAGCACCAUCCCCGGCAGUCCAGACGACACAAGGUCAAUCAGCUGUGACAACGAGCAACGCUGGAGCGCAACAAACGGGCGGAGGCGGAGGCCAAGCGGAUUACAGCGCGGAAUGGGCCGAAUAUUACCGAAGGCUCGGUAGAAUCGAAGAAGCUGAAGCGAUCGAGAAACAAAUCGCUAGUAAUAAGCAGGCUCUACAACCACAACCUGGAGGACAACCUGGAAGCACUGCUGUGCCACAGUUUGGAGGAGCUGGAGGUGCACCUGGUGGUGCCGGAGCUAAUCCACAGCAAAUCGCGGCACAACAAGCUGCAGCUGGCGGCUAUGGUGCCCAGCAGUACCAGCAAUACUACGCCGGAGCAGCGGCUGCCGGUGGGCAACCGGGCGGGUACCAAGGUUACCCUUACGGCGGCGGAUAUCCGGGACAACAGGGCGGACAGCCAGGUCAGCCUCAGGCCGGCCAGGGACAGGAUAAAAACUAACUAAAGUCGUCUCCAUUGAACGCUAAGUCCACCUGACAGAUCCCUUCCACCUUCCCGUAAGCUUAUAGAGAUAAUGUUUGCUAUAUAUAACAAUAUGUAUCAUCUCAACUAUUGAGCACAUUUAACAACAUUAGCGUUCAAGCUAUGUAGGACAAAUAAAAACUAGGAUCGAACACGGCUUGUUAGCAACAGAGAGAAAAAAAUGAACCUAAUAUAACCAUAACUAAGUAAUUCAACCAAUAAGAACAUUACAACCAGCAGUGAAGAUGAGUCAUACUAAAACAAGAAUGAACAUUUGCCAAUUGCAUCCAAUGUGGCAGUGCGUAUGUGUGUGUCCGUUCGAAUUUUCUGAACUUUGAAUGGUUAUUGAUUCCGAAUGCUACAACUGUCGAAGGCUGUACACUGUUCUGCUGUACCGCGUGCAUCCAAAGGAAGUGUUUGUUUAGUGAUACACGCAAAGGAUUUUCUGCAUAUAUAACAGCUGUUUCCCAAAGUUAUAUAAUUCGAUACAUGCAAUAACGUUUCCUCAUUAUAUCCAAUAUUCGCUUUUAUUCGCGAAGACAAAUUUGCAUACACUUGUUGUCAUUUUAUAUAUUGAUACUUAUAUAUGUUUCUUGACUUACAUGCUUUGCAAUUUGUUGAAAUUUAACUCGUUCUCAACAAAAUAACGGAAAUACUUUCGAACACUAUACUGCCGGAUUACUUAUAAAUUUAUUGCAUAACCUAUAAUACCAGUCGUUACCGAUGUGUAUCUAUCAUUUAAUUCUGUUUUCCAUGUUUAUCUAAUAGUUGUAUAAGAAAAAUGGCCAUUUUUCUUUUCCCCCUUUUUAGAGAUAUACGCUAUUAUCCACAUCAAAUGUUUAGUUCGGUUAUUACUUUUUCAUAUGCUUUUUCUAUUUUUCGAAAGAGAUUUACUCAGAACUGUAACGCACGCUGACAGUGAUACUAUUCAGCAAGAGCAAGUGUGAUGCCGAAGGAUAUUGGCGUGGGAACGUACAAAAAUGGUUCAGCCAACCUACUGUGCAGACUUUUUUGACCCGGGAAGGUAAUUUUCUGAAAACACUAGAUGAAACAUUUGUGGUAAAAUUUCACUCAUCUGCAGUAAAUGUUUUUGCCACUAUUAUUUUAUUUUUAUCACAUUAUAAUAUAUAGUCCGUACUGAUGCACAUUCAUAAAGCUCGAUACUAUUUCCACCUGAAUGAUAAAAAUUGCUGCAUUAUUUACAUCGAUUUUAUGAUACUGAGUGUUGCUCUGGCGGCGUUGCGAUUAUCCUUAUUCAAGUGAUCCACAUUUUCAUGUAUAAAAAUAUAUAAAUUGUGACAGUUAUUAACAUGCAUCGGUACAGAAUAUUGGUAUCUUCGACGGAAUUAUUAAAACUUUGCAACUGCUGAAGUGUGUAAUUUGACUACCUUCCGGCGGACUAGGUGAGCCUGCCAAAUACAACGCUUCCGAGUAGGCAAAAGGACAUGUGGAACAGUGCAAGAAGAAUCAAACACAUACUGCUGCGUUCUAAGAUUGUAAUUGUAGUUGUGUGAAUCAGAACACUGAAUAAAGAGUCCGGAAAGCAUUACAAACAAUAGACAGAUAUGAACACUUUUUUACGGUGACCUAAACAAGAACAGAGAAGCCAAAUAAAGCAACAACAAUGUGAACAGAAGACAGUACCCAAUAGUACAGUGAAGAUUGAAAAGGAUAGACAAAGUGAUUCAAAGAAGCUCUAGGAGCGAUGCAGUUUUCUUCUCCGGGAGAAGAGAUACUCCAUUGAGAAACAGGAAAAGAACACUGACGGAGUGUAACCACAAGGUGAGAUUGUGUCGAAAAUGCAUUAAAUGUGAAUUAUUUCGGCUUUUCUGAUGUUUUCUGAUUGUCACAUAGUUGUAUAUGCAAUCAUAUAUUAUAUACCCAAAUGAAAUAAAAUAUGUGGUAGAUAAGGUACAUCAAUUCCGUAUAUCUAGAAAACAUGAGAGCGUUUAAUCCCCCUUUCUCAAAUUAGCUUAUCUUAUAACAUAUUUUAGAAGUGUAAGAAAACUAUUUUAAUGACCGAAAAUGCACAUUAUAUGAAGCAAACAACAACUAUCUGAAUGGUUCUCACCAACGCUCUUAUAUAUAAAUGAAUGUACAUUCUCUUUUGUGUCACUGCAGUCGAUUCCAUACGAUCAUCUGAAUAAAUUUCGAUCACUGAUGAGAUUCACUUAUUCUAGCUAGGCAUAAAAAACUGUGUGUGAAAGAGCGCAGUGCGUUAAGGUUUUUCUGUUGGCGAAAGUGGCUUACCGAUCCACUUGGAGAAAAAAAUCCAAUGACAGGACUCCACCAGCAACGGCACUGCUGUCAGCGCAACGAAUAAGUGUAAUCGUUUGUCCUAUUUGAACCCAUUCUUCCACCCGACGAUAAAUCAAGUUGCAAAUCAACAAUAAAGUUGUUCAUUACAUCUAACAACUCGAAAC